GCGCCGGGAGGCACCCUUGCCUUGAGGUAUAAGCCCGGGUGGGUAGUUGCUUGUUCUUUCUUUGCCCCCCAGCCGUCUCCGUCUCCUCUCGCUAUGUUGCUUCGGCUCCAUGUCAGCCUCCUCCUCGCCCUCCUCCUGAGCUGUGGGGCGAGAGGGCAGGAGCAGGAGCAGGCGAGCAAAAGCGAAACUCCGCUCCAGUCGCUGCAGAUUGAAACCCUGGUGGCGUCCCCUGAAGGCUGCACGGAGCGCUCGGCGACAGGCGACACUGUGGCAAUCCACUACACGGGUACGCUCGAAGAUGGACGCAUUAUUGAUACCUCACUCUCCCGCGAUCCAUUGCAAGUGGAGUUGGGCAAAAGACAAGUCAUACCAGGUUUAGAACAAGGUCUGCUGAAUAUGUGUGUUGGGGAGAAACGAAGAGUCAUUAUCCCUCCUCACCAGGCAUACGGCAAACGAGGUUCCCCACCAGCUAUACCAGCUGAUGCAGUUCUGCACUUUGAGGUGGAAUUAAUCCAUCUCUCCAGAGCCAAUUACUGGCAGAAGCUGUUCAGCGAUAUACUCCCCAUGCUGAGCACUGGGCUUGCCCCAGCGCUGCUGGGACUGAUUGGCUACUACCUCUACAAGAAAGCCCAGAUGCCCCGAAUAUCUAAGAAGAAACUCAAGGAAGAGAAGAAAAACAAGGCCAAAAAGAAAUAAAGUUGUUCCUUAUCUUUUUCAACAUUGUUUCCCACUGGAAUGAAUGUAUGUGUAGGGGGGAGUGCUCAUACUGUCUGUUUUCCACACAUACACAAUAUCUAAAAAAAACUUAAUUAGACAUAACUCUUGCACAAAAGGCCAAGGAUGGAGAACCAGUUCCCAUCACUGCACAGAUCUCUAGUUUGAUGUUCCUCACUGUCUUACCCUUUAAAUGUGAGACCACAACUACAGUUCCUUAUAGCCAGUGAGCUUCUAAGAAAACUCUGGAUCCACAAAGGCUGAUCUAAUACUUUGUACAAGAUGUAAUCAAGUAAAUGGCACAGAAGAGUGAUUUUGAGUGUUCUUUACAUACUUAAACAUGUUAAUUCAAGAAGUGGUCACUGCAUAAAGUCUGUAUCGGGCAUCUAUUAAUCAUAUGCCUUUAUAGGAUAGAUUUUACUUAAACAUUCAUACUACAAAAUGAUUAAAAAUAAGAGAACACUUUACAAUUCCUCGGAUAUAUUUAAUAAGUCUUUGUACUGCCUGAGAAUGAUAGGAAUUUGUCCAAAGGACUUAAAUGGUAGCAGGUUGCCUAACUCCAUUUACAGUCCAAACUUACACUGGUGUUCAUUUCCCAAGAAAUCUUGAGAACGUAUAAGGAUAGUGAGAUUAAUAACUGAUUCAUCAGCAUCAAGAUACUACUGCUCUGUAGCUGAGACAACUACAUCAAUUGCUUUGGUAUAAAGUAUAAGUUUAUAAGAUAGACAAGAUCUUAGAAUAAAUAUCAUCUCAGCAGCUCAUAGGCUGAGUGUUCUGGUUGCGAAGGUGUCAAAAAUAAUAUCCUUGUUGGGUUUUCUUUAGUAGCUUCAUAGAGUUUCCAUCCAUGGAGCCUACUUCCCACCUUCUCAUGUAGAGUGUUUCAAGCUCUUGAAAGAGGAAUUUUAAACACUGUGUAUAAGAGGUUUGAGAGGAAAAAGAGGGUAUGGGUAAGGGGGAAAAAGGUUUAUUAAAUAUCUACUCUCCGAAGGUACAGA